AUGUCGCACGUCCAGACCGCACUCGGGCGCUUCUUCGAGUCAUCCAGCUAUGCCGUCGUCGGAGCCAGCAAGGACCCGUCCAAGUUUGGCAACAAGGUCCUGAAGUGGUAUCAGGCGCACAAGAUCCCAGCCACGCCGAUCCAUCCCAAGGAGCCCGAGAUCGAGGGCCUGCCCACCUCUGCAAACGUGGCUGACCUCGUGCAGAAGCUCAAGGCCGAGGGAAAGAUCGAGAGCGAGGCACAGCUCUCCCUCUCGAUCGUCACGCCGCCCAAGAUCAGCCUCGGCGUCGUACAGGACGGCAUCAAUAGCGGCGUGGGCGCCUUCUGGCUGCAGCCCGGAGCAGAGGAUGCCGAGCUUGUCUCGUGGGUGCGAUCCCAGUCCGAGCAGGUCCAGGAAAAGAUCAUCUACGGCGGGCCUUGCAUUCUCAUAUCGGGCGCACAGUUGGCCAGCGCCAAGGGAAGACUAUAG